CCGCCUUCUUUUCGUCAACACCGUCCAUUCAGUGCGCAGUUUUUCCAACAUUUUCUGGGUUAAAUCAACCACUUUUCCCGCAAAUCCCCGCAACCAUGGGCAAGCUCAACGUAACGGUGCUCCGGUACCUCAGCAAGGAGGACUUUCGGAUCCUGACCGCGAUCGAGAUGGGCAUGAAGAACCACGAGCUGGUGCCGGGCGCGCUGGUGGCGGCCAUCGCCAGCCUCAAGGCAGGCGGCGUCCACAAGUUGCUGCGGGAGCUGUGCAAGCACAAGCUGCUGACGUACGAGCGCGGGAAGCGGUAUGACGGAUACCGGUUGACCAACAUGGGUUACGACUACCUGGCGCUGAAGUCGCUGACGUUGCGCGGGUCGGUGGCCGGGUUUGGGAACCAGAUUGGGGUGGGCAAGGAGAGUAAUAUUUAUACGGUUGGGGAUGAGGAGGGCAAUCCGUUGUGCUUGAAGUUGCACCGGUUGGGGCGGGUUUGCUUCCGGAACGUGAAGGAGAAGCGGGACUACCACGGGAAGCGGCACAAGAUGAGUUGGCUGUAUUUGUCGCGGAUUUCGGCGACGCGGGAGUAUGCGUACAUGAAGGCGUUGUACGAUCGGGGGUUUCCGGUGCCACGUCCGGUGGACUUUAACCGGCAUUGUGUCAUUAUGGAGCUGGUUGACGGGUACCCGUUGACGAACGUGUCCGAGGUGGGCAAUGUGGAGCAGUUGUACGAUGAUUUGAUGAACUUGAUUGUGCGGUUGGGGAAUUGCGGAGUUAUUCACGGAGAUUUCAACGAGUUCAACGUGAUGAUCACGGAGGAGGACCAGCGGCCGAUCUUGAUCGAUUUUCCCCAGAUGGUGUCGACGUCGCAUCCGAACGCGGAGAUGUACUUUGAUCGGGACGUGCAGGGCGUUCGGGAUCUGUUCCGGAAGAAGUUUGGCUACGAAAGUGAAGAACAUCCCAAGUUUAGCGAUCUGGAGCGGGAGGAUGAGCUGGACCGGGAGGUUCUCUGCUCUGGGUACGGAUUUACGCAGGAGAUGGAGGAGGAUCUGCACAAGGAGUAUCACCAGAAAGAAGGUUCCGAGGACGGCAGCGACGAAGACGACGACGAUGAGUACCAGGACAGCGUCACGGGAGAUCUGGACGAGGACGAGCUUGAAGAGUGUCGCAAGAAGCUCGAGCAGGAGGUCAAAUUCGCCGAGGAGAAGCCCAAAAAAGAAGACAAAAACUCCAGCAUCCUCAAAUACAUCGCGUCAAUGUCCGCCGAAGAAAUGGACAAGCCCUGCGAUGCCGAGGACGAAGAACUCUUCAAAGACGCCCUGGACAUCUCCGUGGAACCAGCGUACGUCGAACCAACAACCCAGCCGGAAGCACCCCAAGAGGACGACGCCUGCUCGGUCAGCUCCAACGACCUCGAGCAGGCGGACACCGUGGCCGAUCUGGACCCGAACUCGCGCGAGUACCGCAUGGUCAUGGUGCGCAAACUGCUGGACGAUGCGCGCAGUGCCCGGUCCUACUCGACCACGGCCAGCACGAUCGCUCCGUCCCUGGUUUCCGGCCGCAUCCGCAGCGACAUGCGCGACCAGCAGAAAAAGGACCAGAAGAAGCGCGCCGUGCCGAAGGGCGAAGCGAGUGCCGUGCGACGAAUGCGCAAGGACAACAACAGCGUCGUCAAGGAGUACCGCGGGUGGGACUUUUGAAAACGCUGGGUUCGGUAAGUUUGUUCUACUUUAUUAAUCAUUAUGUGUAAUAUAUAUAUGUUGGAAAAGCUGAA